AAAACUAACUCUGAGAGACGAAGAUUAUCAUCAUCAUCAUCAUUAAAUUUCAUUUCCCCCCAAUCUUUGAUAGAGAUUAGAGAAGAGAUCCAAAAACGCUAAACCCGUUCCCGCGGGAGUGAAAGCGAGCUCAAAUGGGAGAUCCGUUGGGAUCAGAGGAGGCAUCACUCGCGACGGAGACCGGCAUCAAAUCGGAUUUGUGUUUGGAGAUCGAUCCUCCGCCGACCGAAACCGUCGCCACCGCCGAAGACUGGCGUCGCGCUCUCGGCAAAGUGGUUCCCGCCGUCGUGGUGCUCCGCACGACGGCGUGUCGCGCCUUCGACACUGUAUCGGCGGGCGCUAGCUACGCUACUGGGUUUAUCGUUGAUAAGAGGCGUGGGAUCAUCCUCACCAAUCGCCACGUGGUGAAGCCAGGUCCAGUAGUUGCGGAGGCAAUGUUUGUUAACCGCGAAGAGAUCCCAAUCUAUCCUGUAUAUAGGGAUCCGGUCCACGACUUUGGCUUCUUUUCGUAUGAUCCCAGUGCAGUGCAGUUUCUGAGUUAUGAGGAAAUUCCCCUUGCUCCAGAGGCAGCUUCUGUUGGACUGGAGAUUAGGGUUGUUGGCAAUGAUAGCGGAGAGAAGGUUUCUAUACUGGCUGGUACUCUUGCUCGGUUGGAUAGGGAUGCUCCACAGUAUAAGAAAGAUGGUUACAACGACUUCAACACGUUUUAUAUGCAAGCAGCGUCAGGUACUAAAGGUGGAUCAAGCGGUUCUCCUGUUAUUGAUUGGCAAGGCAGGGCGGUAGCUUUGAAUGCUGGCAGCAAGUCUUCAAGUGCAUCAGCCUUCUUCCUACCACUUCAACGAGUUGUCAGGGCGUUAAGUUUCCUGCAGAAAAGUAUCGACUCGUGCACAGAUAAGCCAAAAGCAGUUCAUAUUCCUCGUGGUACGCUUCAGAUGACAUUUGUUCACAAAGGCUUCGAUGAGAUACGUCGACUUGGUCUCAGGAGCGAAACUGAACAGGUGGUUCGGCAUGCAUCUCCAACUGGGGAAACUGGAAUGCUUGUUGUUGAUUCUGUAGUGCCAAAUGGCCCUGCUGAUAAACAUUUAGAGCCGGGAGAUGUUCUUAUUCGUGUGAACGGCACAGUGCUUACACAAUUUCUGAAUUUGGAGAAUCUGAUUGAUGACGGUGUUGGCCAGAUAGUUGAACUGGAAAUUGAAAGGGGUGGACAGCCAAUAACUGUUAGUGUAUCGGUUCAGGAUUUACACUCAAUCACUCCAGAUCACUUCCUGGAAGUAAGUGGUGCUGUAAUUCAUCCGUUGUCUUAUCAGCAGGCUCGUAAUUUUCGUUUUCCUUGUGGCCUGGCUUAUGUCUCGGACCCUGGAUACAUGCUAUUUAGAGCUGGAGUCCCACGACAUGCUAUCAUAAAGAAGGUUGCUAAUGAAGAUAUUUCCUGUCUUGCGGAUUUGAUAUCCGUUCUUUCGAAGCUCUCUAGGGGUGCUCGUGUCCCCUUGGAAUAUAUGUCUCACACUGAUCGUCAUCGCAAGAAGUCUGUGUUAGUCACAAUUGAUCGUCAUGAAUGGUACGCUCCUCCACAGUUGUAUACCCGUAAUGACAGUUCUGGUUUAUGGGAUGUGAAACCUGCAAUCGAACCUGCUGCUGUUCCACCAUCUAUUGGUAAUAGUGGUUUGCCUAUAUGCCAAAAUACAGAGUCCAUGCAUGAAGUCGUUCGUGGGGUUACUGAUACUGCGGCUACUAUGGAAGCCUCUAGUGGGGAUGGUUCUUCUCAGAAUGAUUUUGGCGUAGAAGCAAAGAAACAAAGAGUGGAAGAUGAUUCUUCAGAUGGAACUGUUGCAAACGGUUCCUUACAUGGGAGUGAAUUGAAAUCUGAUGAUGCAAUGGCAACAGAAAAUUCGGUUUUAAGAGACUACGAAAGCGCAGCAGCACUGUCUGCUAAUGCUUCUUUGGCUGAACGUGCUAUUGAGCCGGCUCUUGUCAUGUUUGAGGUUCAUGUGCCACCAUCGUGUAGUCUUGAUGGUGUACAUUCACAACAUUUCUUUGGGACUGGCAUUAUUAUUUACCAUUCUUCAAACAUGGGACUUGCUGUGGUGGACAAAAACACUGUUGCGAUUUCUGCAUCUGAUGUUAUGUUGUCCUUUGCUGCUUUUCCAGUCGAGAUUCCUGGAGAGGUGGUAUUUCUUCAUCCUGUUCACAACUAUGCUCUUAUUGCCUACAAUCCGUCAGCAAUGGGUCCUGCCAGUGCUUCAGUUAUUCGUGCAGCUGAGCUACUACCUGAACCUGCACUGCAACGUGGAGAUUCAGUUUAUCUUGUCGGAUUGAGUAGGAACCUUCAAGCUACAUCAAGAAAAUCUAUUGUUACCAAUCCAUGUGCAGCGUUAAACAUUGGGUCUGCUGAUUCUCCCCGCUACAGAGCUACUAAUAUGGAAGUUAUCGAGCUUGAUACAGAUUUUGGUAGCUCAUUUUCAGGAGCGCUGACUGAUGAGCAAGGGAGGAUUCGGGCCAUUUGGGGAAGCUUUUCGACUCAGGUUAAAUAUAGUUCCUCUUCGUCCGAAGACCAUCAGUUUGUCAGAGGUAUCCCAAUAUAUGCGAUCAGCCAAGUCCUCGAGAAAAUCAUAACUGGUGGAAAUGGACCAGAACUUCUAAUAAAUGGUGUGAAAAGGCCAAUGCCACUCGUUCGGAUUCUGGAAGUUGAGUUGUAUCCUACUUUGCUCUCAAAGGCCCGGAGUUUUGGUCUGAGCGAUGAAUGGAUCCAAAUUCUAGUCAAGAAGGAUCCUGUUAGACGACAAGUUCUGCGUGUUAAAGGUUGCCUGGCAGGAUCAAAAGCUGAAAAUCUUCUAGAACAAGGCGACAUGGUUUUGGCAGUCAAUAAAAUGCCAGUUACAUGCUACAAUGACAUUGAAGCCGCUUGCCGAACAUUGGAUACUGGUAGCCACAGCGAUGAGAAUCUCAAUCUAACAAUCCUUCGACAGGGUCGAGAAAUGGAGCUCGUAGUUGGAACUGACAAAAGAGAUGGAAACGGAACUACAAGAGCGAUAAACUGGUGUGGUUGCGUUGUUCAAGAUCCUCAUUCUGCGGUUCGCGCUCUUGGGUUUCUUCCUGAGGAAGGUCAUGGUGUCUAUGUCACCAGAUGGUGUCAUGGGAGUCCGGCACACCGAUAUGGCCUGUAUGCACUUCAGUGGAUUGUGGAAGUUAACGGGAAGAAGACUCCUGAUCUAAACGCAUUUGCAGAUGCUACUAAGGAGCUAGAACACGGGCAAUUUGUGCGUAUAAGGACUGUUCAUCUAAACGGCAAGCCACGAGUGUUGACUCUGAAACAAGAUCUUCAUUAUUGGCCAACUUGGGAGCUGAGGUUCGACCCAGAGACUGCUCUUUGGCGUAGAAACAUAUUGAAAGCCUUGAAGUAAAAAGCCUCUUUAGUUGAUCCAUUUCUUUGAAAAGCUCUUAUGGUCUUUUCUCAAAUGCAUACUCCAACUUUGUUGUAUUUUUAUCGAAAUUAUACUCAAAACCUCGUUAUAUAACAUUACUAGAAGAACUGUCACUACAAUUUACAGUAAAAAGAAACUAAGCAAUAAGGAUUUUACAUCCAGUUUAAAAUUGAUCAAAUUUAAACU